AUGGAGGUCCUGCCGCCAGGAUCACUGGCUCCUGCUGACACAAGGGUUCCAGAAGGAGUACAAAGUUCGGCCGACAACAGCUACUCUCCUACCUGCAGCCCACACCCCCUGGCUCUGUGUCUAGGUCCCGUGUGUCCCACCCAGACCGUGGUCCGAGCCACCCGUUCUCCGCCCUACCUGACCCACGCCACCCUCCAUCCACCCGCCAAGAUCAAGAGCCUCGGCCUCACCUGCGUCGUGUGUGGAGACACCAGCAGCGGCAAGCACUACGGCAUCCUCGCCUGCAACGGCUGCAGUGGCUUCUUCAAGCGGUCCGUCCGCAGGAAACUCAUCUACAGGUGCCAGGCUGGCACGGGUCGCUGUGUGGUAGACAAGGCACACCGAAAUCAGUGCCAGGCCUGCCGGCUCAAGAAGUGCCUGGGCAUGGGCAUGAACAAAGACGCGGUGCAGAAUGAGAGGCAGCCUCGCAACACCGCUACUAUCCGCCCAGAGACGCUGGUGGACAUGGACCACGAGCGAGCCCUGAGGGAGGCUGCUGUCGCCGUGGGCGUGUUCGGGCCUCCUGUGUCUGUGGCUCUGGGUCUCUCUCCAAUGAGGUACCACUCAGCCAUCGGCUACCCAACACCUCCAUCUCCACCCCAGACCAACAGCAAGCAAGAGCCUGACGAUGGGGAAAAUUCAGAAGACGACAGUAUAGAUGUAACCAACGAAGAGCCACCAUCCUGCACCUCUGCGCCCCCUCAGCCCCCACCACCCCCUGAGAACACCUCACUGUACCCCCCAACUCAUGAGACUGUUUACGAGACCUCUGCCAGGCUGCUAUUCAUGGCUGUCAAGUGGGCGAAGAACCUACCAUCCUUCGCUUCACUACCAUUCCGUGAUCAGGUAAUCCUACUGGAAGAGUGUUGGUCAGAACUGUUCCUCUUGAACGCUGUCCAGUGGUGCCUGCCGCUAGAGACCAGCCCUCUCUUCAACGUGUCGGAACACCUGGCCACAGUUCCCAACGGCAAAGCCAGCCAGAUCGCUGCUGAGGUGCGGAUUCUUAACGACAUCUUGCAGAGAUAUCGCCUCGUAGGAGUCGACCCAGCAGAGUUUGCUUGUCUUAAGGCUAUUGUACUAUUCAGAGCAGAGACGAGAGGUCUGAAGGAUCCCCUGCAAGUGGAGAAUCUACAAGACCAGGCCCAGGUGAUGUUAGGUCAGCACACUCGCAGUCAGCACCCGGCACACUCAGCAAGAUUUGGACGAUUGUUGCUGAUGCUGCCUCUGUUACGCCUAGUGCCGACACAACGUAUAGAACACAUCUUCUUCCAGCGGACCAUCGGCAACACUCCUAUGGAGAAAGUGCUGUGUGACAUGUACAAAAACUAGUUCCUCUCUUUGUCUCAACAUUUCAUCAUACAUUCACGACUGUACAUCUUAUUAAAAAAUCAUCAGUUUCAUAAAACUAGCAGAAAAAUUUAAACUUUUCAUAGACUAUUUUUAAAAUGUGUACUGUAAGUUUCAAUAACUUGUAGGAAUUUCAUAUCUGAAUUGUUAUUUUGGUUCUAAACAUUAUUACAAAUCUUUAUAAUUUGAACCAUCCUAGUUUGAAAUUUGGAUUCCAAAAGUGGAAUUAAUAGGUACAACAGUGUAACAGACAUGAUACAUUACUUACGAUAGAGUUAAGUAAAACACUUCAAAAGUAUUCAGGUAAAAUGAGAGCAAACUUUUCACAUUCAACCUGAAAACAUUAAGCAUAUAAACAAAAAGGAGAAUAGCAACAUGUAUAGAUUAAAAUGAAAUCAAUAAAUAACAUUUAUUUUUUUAAAUAUAAUAAUCACUAAUCAAAAUUUUUAUUUCAAAAAAAGCGUUUGCAUUCAAAGUGCUUAACAUCAAUAUAGUUAAGUAAGUGCAAUAACUAAAUUAUACCUGUAAUAAUAACAAUAGAAUAUUACAUUAUAACUCAUUUGUAGAUUGAACUUGUGAGUUUAGCUCCAGUUCACCUUCUUUUCAGUGCAGCGUCUGG